GUGCUCCAAGCGGGAAAUAAUUGAGUAUCUAGUCGCAUGUCACAUCAAACUUGUGGAUAAUUGAAUGAUCGCCCCACGCUAUGACAACACACAAUGUAGCAGUCGGCAAUGUCAUAAUAGGUUUGCUGGCAAGCUGAUUUUGGUCUUCUCUCAACAGCUGGUCGUAGGUGGAGAACAUCAACAAGUGUGAGAGUAACCGCUUUUUUUUUGUGUUGUUUGUUUUGUGUUUUUGUUUUUUGCUCAUGUUCAAACGUAGUUGCUCGUCAUCUUGAAACAGAAAUGAUUAUAACUAAAAUAUGAACGGUCUAGCAUCAAAACUAGUCUGUAGAUGUCAUGAGAUGGCCAUUCGCAAAUUAAAUGGCUGACGUCCUGAUAUGAACCAUUACAGACCCGUUAUACAAGUUCAGUACAAUAAAGCGUUUCAACCAUUUUUUUUUCACCCCUUCAUAACAUAACUUUAAAUGGCGAAGUUUAUUUUCAGAGCUCAAUGUUGGCGGGAGUUAAGAGCACACUUGCCCCUGCUGAGAUACGCCGCAGACGCCAAAAGUUGAAGCAGGCGAUCGAGGCAUUUGUGCAAGCCAUGGUCAACGAGGCCAUCGGCUGGUCCACGGCCAACUGGCUGAUACAAGGGUUGUUUACUUCUUUGCUCUCAGGCUUGUAAGUUUUGAGAACCAGUGGCACCACUGUGUGUCUGAGCAUGGUCGAAUGCCUUGGGGGUGGGGUGUUUGGGUGCGGGGCUAACAACAGUUAGGCCACUGAGGCACUUCCCCAAAAUUAAUAAAUUUUAAAAUAAAAUAUAGCAAUAUAAAUAUUUGAUGAUUCAAUUAUUUAUUUUUAGUCGUUUUUGAAUUCCCAAAAAUUGGUAUUAAUCAGACACUAUUAAAAAAAUCUACUCCAAUAUAUUAAUAACUUACUUAAAGGGACAUUAAAAACAGCUCAUAUCUGACCGCCGUACUAUGCUCUCGUGCAUGCCUGGAGGUUUAACGGAAGUAGAGCACCCCCCCCCACCACAUAACCGUUGUCUAAGCUUAUGGACUCUAUCAUUCUUUGCCUGCACACAAAAAAAAAAUGCGGCACCAUCCCUUCUUUACCACACCAGUUGUUUGUGACAUUAUAAAACAUUGAUAUCUUCGGAAAUAGUAUACAUUUGUUACAUGUGACAAUAUUAUACAUUGUUAACUGUGACAAAGUAACCCAUUUCCAUUCCAUCUGUGAUAUUAUAAACCAUUGCCACCUGUCGUAAAGUAACCCAUUGCCACCUGUCAUAAAGUAAUCCAUUGCCACAUGUGACAAUAUAACCCACUGUUAUCUUCCAGGGGCUUCCUGUUCAUCACACUGGCCUUGGAGUACAUCAAACAAUACAGCAAGGAACAGAAGAAACGAGAACGCGCGGUCAGUGUUGCGCGGUGGUCAAAGCUUUUAACGGUGGUGACAGUUGUCAUACUUAGACAUGUAAACGGCGGUGACAGUGGUCAUACUUAGACAUGUAAACGGCGGUGACAGUUGUCAUACUUAGACAUGUAAACGGUGGUGACAGUUGUCAUACUUAGAUAUGUAAUCGGUGGUGACAGUUGUCAGGCUUAGACCCGUAAACGGUGGUGACAGUUGUCAGGCUUAGACCUGUAAACGGUGGAGGCAGUUGUCAUAUUUAAUUAAAGUUGUGAACAUUGAUGACAGUUGUCUGUUUAGAGCUGUAAACGGUUGUGACAGCUGUCAGGCUUAGAGUUAUAAACGGUGGUGACAGCUGUCAGGCUUAGAGUUAUAAACGGUGCUGGCAAUGACUGUUGCCUGAGCUCGAGCAUUGAAUGUUGAGGUUUUAAUAUUUUAUGUUUAAUUACGCGCCAACUGCCUACAAAGUGCGAGUGUUGGUUACAAUAGGCAUCAAAAGGGGCAGUCUAAACUUAUACAACAGUCUACAAAGUGCCAGUGUUGGUUGCCACUGGCGCCAACAGGGGGAAGGAAGUCUAACCUUAUAAUGUCAACAAAAUUACUUACACUAUUGCCUUACAUUUAACUGACACAAUUGACCAUUUCAUAAGUCCGAAAUUAUUCAGGACACUUUUAGUGAUAUUGAUUUUAAAAAAAACAAAAAAAAAAAAAAACAAAAAAAACAAAAUUCAUAAGUCCGAAAUUAUUCAGGACACUUUUAGUGAUAUUGAUUUUAAAAAAAACAAAAAAAAAAAAAACCAAACAAACAAAAGAAACAACGUCAACACUAGUUAGUAAGUUAGUAAUUUCCGAGUUAUUUAGUUAAUACACUGAUAUGCUGCGGGAACCCCCGUUGAUUGGAAGUUGCUGGAAGGCAAGGAAGAUGUUAAGUGUUUAAUAAUAUUGAGAUUAUUUUGCUCUUAGUAUAAUGAAAAUUUACCAUAUGGUAUCCAAAGACAGUCGAGUAAGCAGAUUAGUGAACAUCAUUUAAGCUUUUCAAUGUUUGUAGUUAAACUAGUAAGCAAAAAAAAAAAAAAAAACCAAUUCUGGCGGACUGAGUUCCCACCUCUGACCACUUUUUUUUUCAAGUCACCCCCUACUGUACGUUCAGUGUCUAUCCACACCAUCGGUACGCCUUUGAGUGAUGUAUACACAAUCCAUGUUAGUUAAAUAUUUUUUAACAUAAAUAAUGUGUACAUUCAAAGUGGCAGAAACGCACCGCAUCCCACAUUUUAAAAAAGAAAUAGGUUCUCCGCAAUAUUUUAUGCUGUACUAUUUUAUUAGUGGAUUAAUGUUUAAAAAAAAAUUUUUUAUUGAUUAAAAUUCAUCUGCAGAGAUUAAUUCACGCCAUUCUGAACGGCGAGGAGUUUCACGAUUUUGAAAAAGCAGGGGCCAUAAUCCCUGCCGAGAAGGGCACGGUUGUCCGCCCGGGCAUCCGCGGUCUGACGUCAGUCUUCGGCGCCUACAAGAAAUACGGCGGCUUUCUGGGGAUAGGCCGCGGCUACAGCGCCGACAGCCACCUGCCGAAGGUUGAGGAGGAGGACGACGACACGGAUCACCAGUUCAUAGACAAGCACAGCAACACCUGCCUGGACGCGCCCACGUGGUCGAACCUCAGCUUGGAAUCGUGGAAGCAGUCUCAAGCCGCAAAGUGUCGAUCAGAUCGGUCAGAGUCCUUGCAGACCCGCAGCAGACCUUACCUGCCGCACGCCGUGUUUUCAAGCGCCGUCCCGUCGAACGUGAGGCUCUGGUCUCAGCCGUCGUUUGAAAAUGAGGAGUCGAUGAGCUCGCUGAAGACUAUAACCAAGAGUGAGGGUGAUUUCUUCAGGAGGCUCAUCCAGAAGUACCCUUACAUAGCCCCAUUUUUCAAGAAGGAGCUUUUGAAGAAGAUCGAAAUAAAGGGUAAGAAAAAUCCCGAGGACGAACAAGGGAGAAAAAACUUAGGCAUCAACAAAGGCAAGCGCGAGAAGAUUUCCUCGGAUAGCACCACCAGGGAAAACAAUCGGCGCUAUAGAAAAGGUGGAGCCUUCAAAGCGGACAGCAAGAGCGAAAUGACGCUGAGUACAUGCGACACUGAUGUCGACAAAUCUUAUGGCAUUUCCAGCUCCUCGUCGAGAAAACAAAGGGCGUCUCCGAAGUCGGCACCUCAAAGUCACAAGUUUAAUUCCCGCACGACAUCCCCAAACAAAGUUCAGAAAGUUAUUUAUUCCUUUCGCGCUCCGGCUACGCUAAAAACGUCUUCGGGGAGCCUCAAUCUGGAUUCUAAAUCGAAAGAUUUUAGAAAAGAUAGCAGUGACACAUGUUCAAAAACCAUAAAAAAACGGACCAGUUUUCCAGCGCAUAUCGCAAAGAAUACAGAACAUAAUAAAUCCACCGACCCCCGCACCACGGACGAUACGACAAAAAGUUCAACCGUGCAAUCGUCAGUGGAGCAAAGUGUUUUGAUGCUGUAUUUGUCUCCGCGAAAGGGUAAAACUUCAGCGAGGUGCCAUUCCUCUGUUGAAAAACACAUGAGACCCGUCCUCGUAAGUUGUGAACAUGUGACCAGUCACAGAGACUCGGAGCACGCCACAAGAGUUCCGACGGCCCCACGAGAUGAGCCCCCAACCAAUACUGGACACGGCGAAAAGCCUACUAUGGAUGAGAAACUUAACGGUUGUGCCAUUAUGAAAUCUUUAGUUGACAUAACGCAGGCUCCCUCGACGAUAAUUGGUGCGGACACUCAAAACCAGUCCGACAUCGAAGUGGCAAUCGCUAACAUCAUGUCUCAAGGCUGCGAGAAGACAGAGACCAAAUUGCCAGGGCGAACUCCGAGCCCCGACGUAAAGGCGGAUAAUGGUGUUGGUCACGAGAUGAGCAGUGAAGAGCCCGUGCACAGGAAAACGUCACCGAAACGAGGCCGGAGUCCGUUACUUAAACAAGAAAGUAAAAAAUCAUCAAAGAGUCGAGGUGGUACAGCAUCGCCCGGUCGAGGAAAGAAAGAGUCACCGAAGAAAACUAGUAAGACGUUAAACGAGGAAGGUCGUAGAGAUGUCAAAAAACGAAUUAGAAGCGAAUCGAAAAACCGAAGCAGCAGCGAAUCAAAAAAUCUAAGCAGCAGUGAAUCGAAAAUUCGAAGUGUCAGCGAGUCAAAGAGGAAAAGUAACAGUGUUCCAAAGAAUCCGGUCGCCAGUAAGUCUCCGAAACGUGGUGUGAAAAAGUCAAGGAAUGAAGACAAAACCGAAGAAGGUUAUCAUCUCAAAAAUACCAAAUCAAACAAAUUAAAAAAUACCCAUAGCAAUCACGACCAACAUAAAAAGACGAAAGUCACAAAGUUACAUCGUAAAAAUAAAUCGUCUUCACCGGCUUACAUAAAAACGAAAAGUCCUAAAAUGGCGGAUGAAAUGCGUGAAGUGACGGCUAAAGAUAACAAAGCAUCGCGCAAGGCGUGGUCACGCCAGAAACCUAACAAGCAAAAGAAACCUAAGAAUGAAGAGGCCGUAACGCUGGCUAAAAAUGAAAAAUCACCCAGCCUGCAACAUAAACCGGAGAAGCGGACAAAAAGCACGGCAGCACGUGACAAGACAUUCAGUUCUCCGAAACUCCACAAGUCUCCGACCAAAUCAGCUUCGGAGAAAACCCUCAGCCCAGGUUUUAACGCAGAAAUGUAUGCGUCAUCAAUCCACGAGGUGAUCUCGGCAGAAGAUUACGACAACGCGAUCAAUCAGUUCCUUCGCGGGAAGGACGCAGAAAGGUCCUUUAAGCAAAAGCACAUUCGACCACCGUCCGACCAAAAACUGAUAUCGCCGCCCAAACAAGGCAAAGGGGCCAGCGUCAAUACCUUGUGGAAGAAAAUGAGUCCGCCGUUGGCUCGGAUAUCGUCCCCUGAAACCAGCUGUAAACCAGUUUCAUCGGCCACCCAGCAGAGAGCUUCGCCAACGUCGUCAUGCAGCCAGGUCAUGUCACAGCCAACGAGCUGCAUGACGAUCAGUAGACUUCCCGUAAAGGUGUCACCGAUUGGCUCAAAAGGAAAGUCUUCGACCUCGCCAGGAUUCACUGACACCUCGGCCAAUUCACCAGUAAAGAAAUGUUUGGCCAACGAGCUGAACGCCGUGUCUGCGAAACUGCCCCCUAAGAACAGAGAGAGCAGGCCAGGUAAACCCGCUGAGAUGAGAAAAUCCCAAAAGCCUGACCAGCCCCCAGUUAACCGCUCAACUUCCUACAAUUUACACACGAUGGGGAGCUCGGAUCUGCCGAAGACGGGCCGAGAAGAGGAGCGCCUUCAAUCCGGUCAUAAAAAGAAAUCGCAGGUGGAAAUUAUACGGCCUGCGACCAGCCCCCAGGAGAAGGCCUGCGGCGAAAAGCUGUGGAAUCCUAAAAAUUCUGUAUCAGAGACGGGCACAAGGAAUAGAGACCCCUUAGACGGAGAUGUAAAGCAUAAAACUAGAAAAUAUCCCAGCGAAGUUUUGACGCCUCAGCGAACUAUGGGCGACUCUGAUCAUGUAAUAAAAAGGCAGGAACCGAGCAAAGAUUCGCAGCAGAAGUGCAACAUACAAAAAACUAGAUGUGAUAAGAACAAACUUAGGAUGGGCAAUUUUUCGAUUCGAUCAAUAGAGAGCUUGAAGAAGAAGUACGAAACCGGCAUACAGCAGAAAGGGGCCGAAAACGAAAGCCAACCAAAAGACGUGCGUCUUAAUGGAAACAGUGAGGAUCUCAUUCCGUCCAAGGGUGAGCAGAAAAAUGUCACUUCGGUAGAUAACAUGAAAAAUGUGCAAAUAUCUUCAUCGCGAGCACGCCCACAUUUCAGGGGCGCCAUUACCAAAAGCCGUAAAAAUUUGAUGGUUGCCCCGCCAAACAACAAAACAGCAGGAACAGUGUCCAGCGAAAACUUUGGGGAGAACGUCAAAAAACUCGUCCACGAGACAAUGGUCUCCAAAAGCCACGUCGAGACGAUCAGUGACGCCGGUCGCCCGCGAGAAGUCUUGACCCGUUCAGACAUCAACUGUCAGCACAAAGCCGCCGUCAGCCAUGAGCUCGUCGGCACCAGAGGUCAGUUAAAUGCCGACCACAAGGACUCCAAGACGAGGAAACUGUCAAAGUCUCCAUUGCGAAAUGAACAUCCGUCAGGGCAUAGCACGGAGAGGCUCGACCAGAACCUGUUCAAGAGGAGAAUAAUCAAACGCCAGGUGCUGAAUCGCAGCACUACCGACACGCAAAGAACGAGGAAGGAGAAGCCUCAGAAAAUUCAAGCGGCUAAUUCUUCCAUGCCGGAACUGAGCGAGAGGUCGAAAGUAGACGCAAUGCCUGCUCCGAAACAACGCGAGCACCCCGAGUUUCCGCGUAUGUUUGACAGGUUCAUGGCACUUAACCUAACAAGCCCACAGCAAGCUCACGAAGCAAGCGACGCGGCGGACAAAUCCAACGGGGCGAUAGCAACGUCUGACAACUCCGAGGGAAGAUGUCGCGUGGUGUCUGAGAAUCAGAGCACGGUCAACGGCUUUGAGAGUAGCACGGCAUUCCUGUCGGCUUCCGAGG